GGACUUCCUUCUGAAGCGCGCACGCGUGCGUACAAGUCCCGCCCCGGAACUGCAGUGGAGGCUGCAGGUGAGAGGCAGUGUCGGAAGACUCCGAGGCGGCUGGUGGGUGUCCGAGAGAGCCAGUGCGACGUCUCCACGAGCAACCAUGAAGUUGAAGGAGACAAAAUUGAAGCAAAAGCUACCACGUCGUGGCAGAUUUCCAACAAAAGGCAUUAAAGUUGUGGGAAAAUGGAAGCAGGUGCAGAUUGACCCAAAUGUGUUCGCAGAUGGACAGAUGGACGACUUAGUGUGCUUUGAGGAACUGACAGAUUACCGGUUGGUCUCUGCCAAGAAUCCCUCCAGUCUCUUCUCAGAGGACUCCAGGAAGAGAAAGGCACAAACAGUUUCAGAAGAAGAGGAAGAAGGAGAGUCUAGCUCCCCAAAGAAGCAGAUCAAAUUGAAGAAGAAUAAAAGUGUGGUGCUGAUGUGUGAAGACACCUUUACCCAGAAAGAGCUUGAGGUUGAAGAUGCUGAGCCAGACCCCCAGGGAGACAGCGCCAUCUGCCCUGGUCCAGAGGAAGGAAAGAUAGCAUCAGAAACCCUGGUACAGACUGUUCCAAAAAAGAAGAAAAACAAGGGGAAAAAAAAGUUAGAGCCUUCCCAAAGCACUGCCCCAGUGGUGCCCAAAAAAGCUAAGACAUGGAUGCCUGAAGUGCAUGACCAGAAAGCAGAUGUGUCAGCCUGGAAGGACUUGUUUGUGCCCAAGCCAGUUCUUCGAGCACUCAGCUUUCUAGGCUUCUCUGCACCCACCCCAAUUCAAGCCCUGACCUUGGUGCCUGCCAUUCGUGAUAGGCUGGACAUCCUCGGGGCUGCUGAGACAGGAAGUGGGAAAACUCUUGCCUUUGCCAUCCCGAUGAUCCAUGCAGUGUUGCAAUGGCAGAAGAGGAAGACUUCACCCACCGCAGGCCAUACUGGAGUGUCCCCUGGAGAGACUGGGCCAUCAGGUGAGGCUGGACCUGAGUCUGGGGUGUUGCCUGAUGAGGCCGGAGCUGAGGCUGUAGUGCUCCCAGCCAGAGCCAACAUCAGCGCCCCCGUCUCAGACCAGGCCCUGCUCUGCGAUGACGAUGCGGGGGAAGGGCCUUCUUCUCUGAUCAAAGAGAAGUCUGUCCCUGAACAGACUGAGGAUGAAGAAAAAAUGCUUGAUGGAGAACAGACUGGCGAGUUAAAAAAGGAGUUGGAUGGCAAAACUGCUACCUGUGGAACGCAUCCAAAGCGCCCUCUGCUUGGACUGGUUCUGACUCCCACACGAGAGCUGGCCGUCCAGGUCAAACAGCAUAUUGAUGCUGUGGCCAAGUUUACAGGAAUUAAAACUGCUAUUUUGGUUGGUGGGAUGUCCACACAGAAGCAGCAGAGGAUGUUGAAUCGCCAUCCUGAGAUUGUGAUCGCCACACCAGGACGGCUGUGGGAGCUUGUUAAAGAAAAGCACUCUCAUUUAAGCAACCUUCGGCAGCUCAGGUGCCUGGUAGUGGAUGAGGCAGACCGGAUGGUUGAGAAAGGCCAUUUUGCUGAGCUAUCACAGCUGCUAGAGAUGCUCAAUGACUCCCAGUACAACCCAAAGAGACAGACACUUGUUUUUUCUGCUACACUGACCCUGGUACAUCAAGUUCCUGCUCGACUUCUUCAUAAGAAGCAUGUUAAAAAAAUAGACAAAACUGCCAAACUUGACCUCCUCAUGCAGAAGAUUGGCAUGAGGGGCAAGCCUAAAGUCAUUGAUCUCACAAGGAAUGAGGGUACAGUGGAGACCCUGACAGAGACCAAAAUCCAUUGUGAGACGGAGGAGAAGGACUUCUACCUGUACUACUUCCUGAUGCAGUACCCAGGCCGCAGCCUAGUGUUUGCCAACAGCAUCUCCUGCAUCAAACGUCUGUCGGGACUCCUCAAAGUCCUGGAUAUCAUGCCACUGACCCUCCAUGCCUGCAUGCACCAGAAGCAGAGGCUCAGAAACCUGGAGCAGUUUGCCCGGCUGAAAGAUUGUGUUCUCUUGGCAACAGAUGUGGCAGCUCGAGGCCUGGAUAUUCCUAAAGUCCAGCAUGUCAUCCAUUACCAGGUCCCUCGUACCUCAGAGAUUUACGUCCACCGAAGUGGUCGAACUGCUCGUGCCACCAGUGAAGGCCUCAGCCUGAUGCUGAUUGGGCCUGAGGACAUAGUCAACUUUAAGAAGAUCUACAAGACUCUCAAGAAAGCUGAGGACAUCCCACUCUUUCCUGUGCAGACAAAGUACAUGGAUGUAGUCAAGGAGCGAAUCCGCCUAGCUCGACAGAUUGAGAAAGCUGAGUACCGGAACUUCCAGGCUUGUCUGCAUAACUCUUGGAUUGAGCAGGCAGCGGCUGCCCUGGAGGUUGACCUGGAUGAAGAGAUGUAUAAAGGAGGAAAAGCAGACCAGCAAGAAGAGCGUCAACGACAGAAGCAGAUGAAGGUCCUGAAGAAGGAGCUGCGCCAUCUGCUUUCCCAGCCGUUGUUCAAGGGGGACCUGAAAACCAAGUACCCCACCCAAGCUGGCAGGCCGCCACUGCUGGCGGCUGCCCCGGGGCAGGGCGAGUCUGCGCUGAGCUGCCUCUCCAGACAGAGGAAGAAGCCUCCCAGGCAGCAGCAGCAGCAGGGGCUGCCGCGGCUAAGCACAAGCGCACUGUGACCACUGCCGUCAGGCUGCAGUGGCCUGCACAGUGCUGUCAGCCCACCACCCCUCGGUAUGGAAAUCUGCUCUUCCACUCUGGAGCAGGAGAGGCCUGUGCAGACCUGCGUUGUGAAGGAGCGUUGUGUGCAGCAGUGCCACCUCCUGCAUUCCAGUGCUCACAGGCUCCUCGUGUAUUCAGCUUGUUUUCUUGAAUUAAAAACCCUGGUCAGA